AUGGACGCCGCCAUACCAAAUGAGGUUCCGGUUAUGGUGGAGGAAAUGCCGUUUACAGAAGAAGAAAUCUGCAGCACCUACAAGGUGCUUGAGGUGCUGAGCAAGCGCAAGGAGCUUCUUGAGCAGCACAACAUGCGCGAAAUGCGUAAAAAGCUGGCACCUGUAUCUGAAUACAUGGAAUGCCGCAAGUUUGGUGGAGUUGGCCGCAAAAAAUAUUUAGAAGACAAAGCGAUUCGCGAAGAGAAGCGUGCACGUUACAACCAACGAAAGAUGCACGACCGUCACCACAUCAAUAGUUCGACGCUGCGUAGAGAGCGCAUCGCUAAGCUUGAUUCGCUCUUGCAGCAGGGUAAAGACGAUACUAAGGCUUUACCGAUGAUUGCAGAUGGCGUGGCCGGUGAAGAUGUGUGCCAAUCCACUAAUUUAUUAAGUGAUGGUCAUAACUCGGAAUUACAAAAGCUUUGUACGAACGAUGCACAGAAUGCUUGUAACGCCAAAGCGGCAGCUGAUAAAGAUGAAAUGAGUGCUCUGCUGGGAUUCCGUUCAUGCUACACAUGCAAAACUCAUUUCGAUAAGAUUCACCACUUUUAUGAUCAGCUUUGCCCGCGUUGUGCGGAGCUCAACUUUUCCAAACGCUUUCAGACUGCGAAUCUGCGAGGCAAGAUAGCUCUUGUCACGGGUGCUCGUGUAAAGAUUGGAUUUCAGGUUGCUAUUAAAUUGCUGCUUGCAGGAGCUGCUGUCAUUGUUACAACCCGUUUUCCAAAAGAUGCAACGGAGCGAUUUGUAAAGCACCCGGAAUACGAGACAUUCAAGGAUCGUCUUCAAAUUUUUGGCAUUGACUUUCGUGAUUUAGUGCAUCUAGAGCAAUUCUGCGAUUUUGUCAUAAGUCGUUAUCCACGUCUGGAUAUUAUUGUGCACAACGCGUGUCAGACCGUCCGUCGUCCGCCAACAUACUAUAAGCCGCUUGUGGAGAAGGAAACAAGGACGCUGGAGGCAAGCACCAAGGAGAUACAGUUGUUGAUGAACCAUCAGCGAGAGUUCGAGAUGCACAUCACAUCACUCGCUCUUCCUGUGACGUCAGACGCUAAAAACUCAAUCACUACAGGCAAUACCAUUGUCAUGUCAUCUGCACUGAAGUCCCAAGUGCCCAUGAUCGCUGGCGAAGACUCAUCUGAUGAUAAUGUUGGAGCCUUUCCUGAUGGUAUGGUGGAUGUGAAUGGGCAGCAGGUCGACCUUCGCUCGCACAACUCUUGGCUGUUGCGCAUAGGCGAAAUUGCCACUCCAGAAGUAGCCGAGGUGUUUGCGAUCAACACGUUAGCGCCUUUCAUCAUGAACAAUCGUUUGGUGCCUCUUUUAGAAAAAAGUGGGAUCACCGACAAGAAAUUCAUUGUUAACGUAAGCGCCAUGGAGGGCAAAUUUUACCGCUACAAGACACCAAACCAUCCGCACACAAAUAUGGCUAAAGCUGCUUUAAACAUGAUGACUCGCACGUGCGCAGAAGAUUUAAGCAAGCGGAGCAUCUAUAUGAAUAGUGUUGAUACUGGCUGGAUUAAUGACGAGAAUCCAUUGCCGAAAGCUCAUGCUCACGCGCAGGCGCACAAUUUCCAAACGCCUAUUGAUGAAAUCGAUGCAGCCGCUCGCGUGCUGGACCCAAUUUUUGUAGGAUGCACUUCAAACAAACCGAUCGCUGGUAAAUUCCUCAAGGAUUUCCACGAGACGGAGUGGUAG